CACAGCAGAAAACAUCACCAAGCACCUGGCAAUCACUCAACAAACAACAAAUCCAAGUGUACGUACGUACGUACACCGUGCACGGUGCACAUUAGAGCGCUUAAUUAAUUAGCUUCACCGAUGGAGAAGAGCAGCGAGCUAUGGUUGCUAUGGGCGGUUUUCUCCGCCUCUCUCGUCUUCCUCUACCUCACCAUCCGACGACGCUCCGGUGCCGGCGCCGGCGGCAAACCACCCUUGCCGCCGGGGCCAACGCCUCUCCCGCUCAUCGGCAACCUGCUCGACCUCCGCGGCGGCGUCAUCCACGACAAGCUCGCCGCCCUCGCGCGCGUCUACGGGCCGGUCAUGAUGAUCAAGCUGGGCCUCAACGACGCCGUGAUCAUCUCCUCCAGGGACGCCGCGAGGGAGGCGUUCACGCGGUACGACCGCCACCUCGCGGCGCGCGCCAUCCCGGACACGUUCCGCGCCAACGGCUUCCACGAGCGGUCCGCGGUGUUCCUCCCGAGCUCCGACGAGCGGUGGAAGGCGCUGCGCGGCAUCCAGGGCACGCACAUCUUCACCCCGCGCGGCCUCGCCGCGGUGCGCCCCGUCCGCGAGCGGAAGGUGCGCGACAUCAUCGCCUACUUCCGCGACCACGCCGGCGAGGAGCUCGUCAUCCGCCAGGCCAUCCACACCGGCGUGCUCAACCUCGUGUCCAGCUCCUUCUUCUCCAUGGACAUCGCCGGCAUGGGCUCCGAGACCGCGCGCGAGCUCCGGGAGCACGUCGACGAGAUCAUGACGGUGUUCGCGCAGCCCAACGUCUCCGACUACUUCCCGUUCCUCCGCCGCCUCGACCUCCAGGGCCUGCGCCGCUCGACCAAGCGGCGCUUCGAUCGGAUCUUCUCCAUCCUGGACGACAUCGUCGAGCGCCGCCUGGUGGAUCGCGGCGAACGAGGAGGAGAAGGCGGAGCCAGCUCGAACAGCAGCAAGAGCAAGCACCAGUACGACGGCGGCGACUUCCUCGACGCGCUCCUCGAGCUCAUGGUCACCGGCAAGAUGGAGCGGGACGACGUGACGGCGAUGCUGUUCGAGGCGUUCGUGGCCGGCGGCGACACGGUGGCCUUCACCCUGGAGUGGGUGAUGGCCGACCUGCUCCGCAACCCGCCCGUGAUGGCCAAGCUCCGCGCGGAGCUCGACGACGUCCUCGGCGGCAAGGACCAAUCCGCCAUCGAGGAGCACGACGCGGGGAGGCUCCCCUACCUGCAGGCGGUGCUCAAGGAGUCGAUGCGGCUGCACUCGGUGGGGCCCCUGCUGCACCACUUCGCGGCGGAGGACGGCGUGGUGGUGGGCGGGUACGCGGUGCCCCGGGGCGCCACCGUGCUGUUCAACACGCGCGCCAUCAUGCGCGACCCGGCGGCGUGGGAGAGGCCCGAGGAGUUCGCGCCGGAGAGGUUCCUGGCGAGGGAGGGGAAGGCGCCGGUGGACUUCCGCGGGAAGGAGGCCGACUUCAUCCCGUUCGGGUCCGGGCGGAGGCUGUGCCCCGGGAUUCCGCUGGCGGAGCGCGUCAUGCCCUACAUACUGGCGCUGAUGCUGCGCGAGUUCGAGUGGCGGCUCCCCGACGGCGUGUCGCCGGAGGAGCUGGACGUCAGCGAGAAGUUCAUGUCCGUCAACGUGCUCGCCGUCCCUCUCAAGGCCGUGCCUGUCAAGGUGAUCAACUGAGACUAGGGCUAGUUGAGCUAGUUGUGUUGCUCGAUCUGUUAUGUGUAUUGGAUUAUAUAGUUUGUGCGUGUGCCACGUAUAGUAGCUACAGUAUUAUUCCUAGUUGGUUUCGUGUAAUAAGCUACUUAAAUCAGGACUCUCACAGUCCUAGAUAUUUGUUAUUCCAUUAUUCAUAUAGUCACCACAGCCCCAUAGGCCAUAAUAUACGUCUAGCAUGCAUCUAUGAUAUGAUUAUUUUUUCGAGGGCCUAUCUGUUGAUCCUACGAUAGAUUUAUAGUUUCAAAUCUUAUAAAAUUACCUGUUGAUUAUUCA